AUGGCAGAUUCGAUGUUCUGGGGUAUCGCAUGGGCUUUCGUCCUAGUUUUGGCCGGCACCGUCCCAUCUGUGGCGGCGGCUACGAAGCCAUGCCGGACAUCGUCCAAGUUCAGGGUCGGAUUCUACAAGUACACCUGUCCAGCUGCGGCGUCGAUCGUCAAGCAGACUGUGUAUGAAGCCGUCGCCAAGAAUCCCGGAAUGGCGGCCGGACUCCUCCGCCUGCAUUUCCACGAUUGCUUUGUUAGGGGUUGCGAUGCUUCGGUGCUCUUGAAAUCGACCCCUGAAAACCCGGCGGAGAGAGACCAUCCCACCAAUAACCCUAGCUUGAGAGGCUUCGAGAUCAUCGACCAGGCCAAGGCCAGACUCGAGGCCGUGUGUCCCAAAACGGUCUCGUGCGCCGACAUCGUUGCUUUCGCGGCCCGCGACAGCGUCUACAAAACCGGGGGCAUAUAUUACAACGUCCCUGCUGGCCGCCGUGAUGGCCGCGUCUCUCGCCCUUCCGAAGUGACCCAAAACCUCCCGUCGCCAAACUUCAACGCCCAACAGUUGAUUGCUAAUUUCGCCAGGAAAGGCCUGUCGGCGAACGAGAUGGUGACCCUCUUGGGAGCGCACUCCAUCGGCAUCUCGCACUGCUCGUCCUUCUCAUCCCGGCUCUACGCGUUCAAUGCCACACUGACCCAAGAUCCUUCGUUGGAUCCGGCAUUCGCCGCCUUCCUGAAGACCAAAUGCCUACCCCAAAGCAACGUGACACGAGUAGACCCGACGGUGCCGCUCGACAGCAUCACACCUGGCACUCUGGACAACAAGUACUACCUUCAGCUGCUGAAGCUCCGCGGCGUAUUGGCUACGGACGAGACACUGUACACAAGUCCCUCAACUUCGCGGAUGGUUGUGAGCAACGCGGUGAAUGGCGCCGCUUGGAGAGCGAAGUUCGCCAAGGCAAUGGUGAAGAUGGGCUCGCUCGACGUGCUCACCGGCGCACAGGGAGAGAUCAGGGAGCUGUGCAGUGUAGUGAACUGA